CGAUACAGGGCGCUGGUAAGACGUGUGAGAAGGAACGCACGCCACAGGAUGAACAUUUAGUGUAAUUCCUACAAGGUUCGCGUGAAGUUAAAAUCAUACCGUAAGAUAUAGCUGAGAUUGAUUAUUUCGAAUGUAGUUACAUCUCUUAAAACUAUCUAUACUUUAUAAGUACUUGUAAACACAUUUAACCGAUACUCUACAUUAUUAUGCAGAGACACCCUAUAUAGUAUAUUAUUAAUAUAUUAGGCUUCAAACUGUAUGUAGUGGUCUCUAAGACUUAAGAAUGGUUUAUUGCGCUGUGAAUAAGUAAUAUGUAUAGUAUUGACAAAUCUAUCAAACUAUGAUAUCAGAAGUAUGUGUGCAUAAUGUUUGCAUUUUAGCCAUUAUUUUUGAAUUAAGAUAUUUCUUAUUGGUUUAAAAUUAGUAGCUUAUACUCAAAGCCCAGUGCAAGAGCUAAUAUCCCCGCGCAUCUCUUUUGCGCAUAGAGCAAAGUAUUUUUCAGCAAGGCUCUAAUACCCUAAAGUUAAUAUAUUUUUAAAAUAGAGAAUAUAAAUAAAAAUGAAGCGCUUAAUUUAGGCGUUAAAACGAGCAUGGGUUGGUAAAGGUUGGUUAAAUUUAGUCGUUACACUGGCCAUUUAAUCAUUUUUGCCCCUAAACAUCGUGAAGUUAAGGCAUUAAAGGACAUUAAAAUGUUUGUUAAUAUAAUAUAAAUCUGCAAAAUGGCUGCCGCGUGGAGCGUACAUUUAGUUAGUUGGUGUUAGUUGGCAAAUGUAAAUAAAUAAUUAAAUAUAUAGAUAUAUUUUUUGAAAAUUUUAGCAGGUAAAUGUUUAACACCAGGUGAUCUGUAAAAUAAUUCAAUAUCAUUUUUGUGCAUUUUAAAAAAGACAUUGGCAUUUAUUUCUAAAUGUACUAGUUGUCUAUGCUACUUAUAUAACUGCUUACUUAAAAUAGGCAUAGGCAUAGGUAUAAGAACAUUAAGUUAAAUAAGUAAGUUAUAACUUAAAACUGACUUGGGCUAUUUUGGCCUUAAAAAAAUGGAGCCUGGGACUCAUUUCAUUGUAUAAGUCUAAAACUUAAAUUAAUAUUUAUAUGUUUCAUAUUUUAAUUAAAACUAAAAGUCCAUUUUUUAUUUUUUAAAAAUCCAACCAAAUUUGUUUUUGUUCAAAUUAAUGCCAAUACUCAUACUGAGCCACAUUAAUUAAUUAUUUAUUAAUAAUUUAAAAAAAAAUUGCCUUGCCUUAUUCUUAAUGCCUAGUGACUUAAAACAUUAUCUUAAUCAUACUUCUUAAAAGUGACAAAAAAUUUGAAAUGUAUUUAAGGAACAUUCACAACCCCCUUUACCAUUUCAACUGCAACUGGUUUCUAUAUUUAUAAUAUUUAUUAAGAUACAAUUGAUAACAUUAAUGGCAUGGGCUAAGUCAGAUCUUUUUAAUAACCUUUUUAAGUAUUCAAGGUCAAUGCAAAUAACAAUGUUGAUUAUUAAUAACAUAAUAAAGGCCAACACUAUUACAUAUCAUGGGAAUGGUCUAUUUCAAUGAGACACAAAAACAACCCAAUCAAUAUUUUUUGUUAUUGCAAUUAAAUGACCCUCAGCCUGUACACUGUACAGUAAACAAAUGAAAUUGUUUACAUUUAAAAGGGUAUUAAUUAAUUCUCCAUAGUCAAAAUUUAAAAAAAAAUAGACAUGCUUUUAUUGAAGAGAUUUCUUCCCUUCCUCUGAUUUUGAACAAUUUAUUAUUAUGAGACAUCAUUGAAUAUCCAGACAAAGGUUUUUAUGGUGAUAUUGGAAUUGAAUGCUGUCUGCUGAGGUCAACCAAUUUCUGUUUAUAUUUUUUAGUUUUGUUACCGUUACUUACUUUGUUUGUUUUACAAGCCUUUGCAGGCAGUUUCCGAUAUCUAAUAGAUUACAAUAUUAGAAAAAAGUUAAGAAAGAACCCCUUCUUAUAUGACUUGUUGUGUUACUUAGAUGGAAUUCUUCAUAAUUUUGUUAAAAUCUGCUAGGCUUGUAAAAAAUAUUAUUUUGUUGUAAUACCUGGUUCCAGUAAAGAGUAGGCCUUGAGGGGCACAUCACAACAUAGUAAAUUUGGUUAUUUGAGACUGUUUGUUGUCAGUUCAUAUUCACAGUGGGUAUAUUCAUAACUGUAUUAGUCUGGUCUUUCUUCCCCGGGGAAUAUUGAAGCUUUCACUUUAAAUGCAAACCAUUCAGUCCUUGACAUGGCAAAAACAUGAGUGCAAUCAUGCAUUUUCUUUUAGUUAGCUUAUAAGCGAAAUCUUUUGCUGAAAUGCUAAAAAGAUAUUUAUGUAUUCCGCUUCCUUGUUCUAUUUUAAAUUUAAAUGUCUGAAGAUGUCAGCUGAAUACUUAAGAUGUCUAAGCAAAGUGACAUUUCUCAAUUCUUCUGUGGAUCAUGUUUUUGAUCCACCUGAACUAUUUAUACCAGUAGCUUGGUUCUGAGAUAUCACACUCAAAUUAGAACAUUUUUAUUUGACUGAAAGCUUGUGUAUGAUAUAGUAUAUUUGAAUGUUCAAAUUCUCCCAUCUUUGUAUAGAUCAUGCAAGUAAUGUAGGGCCCUAUGGAGUGGAUUAUUAACUCUAAAAAAGUCUUGAUUUUCAGCCAUUUUUUAUCCCUCAUUAGUUGCUUUUACUAAACUUUACAACAUGGCUGGUUGUUCAAUGAACAAAGCGGGAAUAAAAUGUUUUAUUAUAUCAUUAUAUUCAAAAUGGAAUUGGAUAUUAUUUGAUACCAAUUAUUAGAUUACAGUUACCUUUAUGCUUUUGAUGUUAAUCCAGAAGAUUGAGUAACAAAAAUGUCAACAAAUCACAAACAUGUAGUUAAAAUCUUUAUUAAAUUCAUCAAGGGUAUCCAUUUUUACGACACUUAAAGAUUUCAAGCAAUUUAGCCAACAUUUGUAUUAAUUAUGAUAAAUGUUAUUUUUUAAAUAUGCAUUCAUAAAAAUAAAUUUAAAAAAAAAUGUAAUUUAAAACAAUUCUUAUAUUUUACACAAAAAAAAUUAAAUAAAACAAAACAAGUGUUUCAAGGGAGAAAUACCAUUAUUAUCAGCAAAUAAUAUAAGUGGAGAUUAAUAAUUUUAACAUUGUUAAAAAAAAUAUAUCAUUUUGGGUACAAAUAAACAAUUAUCGGUUAUGAGAUCUGACAAUUUCUGCUUUCCAGAAAACUCACAUUUAACAAAAGGACCCCAUGAAGUCCUAAAUGUUCUCUCUAUUUUAUAAACCUCUAAUUUAUUAUUAUCUAAUAAUGAAGAUUUGCACAUUAUUUCUUUACUGUAAGUUGUAAGUAACGACUGCAGUUUUAACAGCAUGCCAGGUUAUAAUAAUUCAUAUCGCUGUGGCAGAAACAUGAGCAUUGUCAACAAAGUUUCCAUACCCUGAUUAAUUCUAUUGAUGAACUAAAAAACCUUAAGCCAUCAGAUAUUUUUAUUUAUUGAAGACAUGCAUUCUUUCUUCAGAUUAAAGGUAAUAUGGCUACUAGCCCAACACUAGAAAAAUAUUAUUAAAAAUGAAAGAGUUUGGCUCUCAGCCACUUUUUUCUUUUAUCAACUAAUAUUAUCACAAUUCCAAAAACUAUGCAGAGUAGUGCAUUCAGAUUAACCCAUUUAUACUGUUAAACUAGAUAUAGAAUCUGAAAUACGUGAUAAUUCAUUAACGGUACUGUUGAGUUGAUCCAUUCCAUUAUUAUGUUAAAUUUAUUAAAUGAUUACCAGUAUGCCCUAUUCUGUCUUGCUUUUCUUCAUUAGUAAUAUGAUUGCACUAGGGACCAUACUUGCACACAUUUCCUUUUCAUGGGGGCCCAGAAGAAAUUAAAAUGUAAUUGCUUAUCAACAGUUUACUUAGUUAUUUUUUUUUUUUAGAAACUUCCUUUUAUAGGUCUGUAUAUUGGCCUAUAUUUACACAAUAAAGAAAAUCUAUAACCCAGUGAAUAAACUCCUUUCAUCCUGCAACAGUUCACACAAUUGGGGCUUGUAGAUUAGUAGUCCCAUUAAUGAUAAAAGUCUUGUUCAUCAACUGGGGGUGUCCCGUUUUAAAAUCAAGUCAGCUUAGUUUCCCUUAAAUCAGCUGCAAUGGUUUAUGUACAUUUACUGUGCAUCUCCAGUCUUGAUGCAGGUGAUCGUUCUUAUCAUGUCUUGAUUUAGACAAGUGGUAGGUCAGGUCUGAAGGCAGGAAUAGCAAUGCCACGAUGAUUGGGUUGCCCAGUGUCUUAGGUACCACUCUGAUACUGUGAAAUGAUACUAAAAUACAAUCAUUACAUAUAAGCUUAGAUCUUAAUACAAAACUGGAAAAAAUUAAAUUCAUUAUUAAAAUAAUAAAUAAUAAAAACCAAACAUUAAAAGCUAUUUUUCAUCCAGAAUAAAUUGCAGCCUGGAAAGUCAUUGCCUCUUCUUAAUUUAUUCAAUGUAAACAAAGGGAAUUUCAAACUGCAAUUUUUUUUGUUUAUACACGGGAUAUUUUCACUCAGUUGGUAAUUUUAUUGUAAAGUGGACACCUGAAAGGUGUUGAUUGUCUUGUUGCAAUUCAGUUGAGUCACUUCAAUUGGGAUUUUGUAAGCAUUCAAAGUUUUUAAAAGUAAUUCUACUUUUAUCAAUAAUUGAAAGAUUACAAUUUUAAUACUAAAGGGUGGAAAAUAAAAUAUUUAAAAAACAAUAAUGAAUUUUAAAAAAAAAAAGAAGACUUUCUUUCAAAGACGAGUUGAAACGCACUAAACAGUAGAAAGUCUGUGCAGUAAAUAUUUUCAAAAAUUAAUAAAAAAAUUUAAGUUUUGUCUAUAUUCAUUUUGAAUCCUUUGGCUGCAUAGAGUGCUCAUCUACACUUCUGCACAGUCUUUCUUUGUGUAAUUGUACUGCAUUUUAUGAAAUUGUAAAUUAUUUUCUACUUUUUAGUACGUUUUGUACUUUUGCCUUCAGUGAAGUUUGACUGGCAAAAUGGCAUACAAAAACUCAUCAACUUGCACAAAACUGCAACAUGAUGCACAGGCUGAAUUAAAAAAAAUUAAGAAUCCAAAUUUACGCUUAAAAUUGAUAUUUUGAGCAUUCAAAAUAAAUUUUAUAUAAUAAAAAGGUGAAGAAAAAAUCAAGUUAUAAUCAACCGGUCACUUGUGACAAUAGUCAAUACUACUUUAAGAGUUUAAAUUUUUGUGUUGAAUUCAAUUACCUCGCAAUAUUUUCUUUGAUAUUUUUUAACAUUUUUUAGCUUAAAGAUUUUCACCAACUUCACACCAUUUUAGGAAUCAUAAACUAAUAACACAAGCUAAGACAACUAUUUGGAUUUUAAGAGCUUCUUCCAUUAUUCCUUAAAAAAUAGCCUAGAGUAGUAGCUUUUAAAAAUAUUAACAAAGAGUGGCUAAUUUUCUUUCAACUGAAGACGCUGCAUUGUUUCUGAAUUAGACUAAUAAAACAAAGUUUCACCAUUAUUACAUAUUACAGUAACCUGUGCCUUUGAAGAAUCUCUUUGACUUCCACAAUGGCUGAAGGCACUUCUACUUAUCAAGAUAUUUCUAAAAUGGAAUUUAACACAGUUGAGCUACCCUCAACAAUAGAAAUUAAAGAGUCAUCUAUACACAAAGGAGAAGCAGGUAAAAAAAAUAUUGAUAAUUAAACUCGUACUCAUAAGUUUAAUUUAUAACAUAAUUCCACUAACACUGAAACCGAUUUUGAACUGUGUAAACUCUUAACUUCAUUUAAUUUCCUUGCCAUUUUUUUCUCUAGGGGCAUUUGCAAAGGUUUUGAUACCAAAGGACACUAGAUUUGGACCCUAUAAGGGAGAAAUAAUAGAUGUUAACAUAAAAAAGUACAUAGAUUACAGGUUUGCAUGGGAGGUAAGAAAUAGUAUAUACAUGUUUUUGUUUUUUGGGGUUGUUUUUUUUUAUUUGGACUCAACAUGUACAGAAUAUCUGAAAUGUAUGUAAAGAAUUUUCCUAUAGUGAAUUUAUAGGAAAUGAUUAUAUUAUGCUGCAUAAGUUUUCUGUUUGAUUUAGUAUCACAUUAUGGUUUACUAUAGCUCAUAAAUUUAAACCUUGUUUACUAGUUCACUCCUAUAAUAUUUUGCUGAAGUUUUUGAAACUUGUGCCUUUAGGUCUUUGAGAAAAACAGUGAUGUGCUGAAACAUACCAUUUGUGCAAUGGACCCCAUGUUAAGUAACUGGAUGAGGCACGUAAACUGUGCACGAUUUUAUGAGGAACAGAAUAUACUUUCUACACAAGAGGACUUCAGUAUUUUCUAUGUGGCAAUGAAGGUAGUUACAAAAAAUAUUCUGAUACAUCUGAUACGUUAUUUCAAUUUCAUAUUUUCAUAGCAUUAUGUCACACAAGUUGCUUCACUGCUUAAAAAAUUUUGAAUUUAACUUUUUUUUGCUUUUCUUUAGUAUUAACAUAUUUAAAAUUGAAUGGAAUUUUCCAGGAUAUAAAGCCAGGAGAAGAGCUUCUAACUUGGUUUGAUCCUAAACUGAUAAAAAGAACUAAAAGACGUUUGUCCAAAAUGGAAAGAAAGCCUGUUGGUUAUACCAUAGGUUAGAAAAAAUUUAAUUUUUUAUUUAUGGGGGCUGUAAUUUUCACCACCGAAAAUAUAAUACCCCCAGAACAUUGAUUUGGAAUGAUAGCACCAUUUAUAUUAUAUUACCAUUUUUUUAUUAUCAACACCAAAGGCAGCUUAUCGCACAUUAACCUAAUCGUGGUGUCUGUAUGCCGAGGGAUCUUUCUUAAAAACAUAGCAAUUGGAUGUCAGUAAAAAGUGUAAACUUAUAUAAUUAAGUAUGCUCUAUUUUUGUUUGGACAUCAAAACGCUAAUUUGCUAUGGAAAAUAAGAUAAUUAAAAAAAACUGUACUGAUACACAAAAAUUCCAUUGCCUAAUUCAUCAUUAUGUAUGAAAGUUAAACUCAACAAAAUGAUGUGCAUUUGACCUAUGUAUGCUCUUAACACUUUCAGAGCUUGUCCCUUGGAGUGAUGAGAAAAAAUUUGUUCCAGAAAUCAUUGAAACAAAGAGGGCUCGGAAGAAAAAAGUCUUGAGGGACAUGAUAAGCCUUGAUGAAGAUCCUUUACUGAUCACAAGGACGCUCCAACGCCUGCCAAAGCUUCCAUGUACCCCAAAGCAGCUUGCCCAGUCAGCUGCUUACAGAGAUAUUUAUGCUUCAUUGCUGCAACAGGGUGCAUCUACAAAGUCAGGAAAGCAAGAGGCUAAAAAAGACAGAUUGGGGAAGAAAUUAAAAGGACAAAGUACAACAAUCACUUCAUCAGCAUCUGUAAGCACAAAUAAAAAAAUUGUCUCAUCAACGUACCCAAAUGUAAAGCAAAUUGAUUUUCCCUCUCAGGGAAACGCUGGAUUAUUAGUGUCUUCAAUGGAAAAGAAAACUGACUCAACGGGUCAAGUCAAGUCCCAUCAACAACAGAGCCCAAGCUUGUCUUCAGUGAAAAACAACUCUUUUAUUAAGCCAAUUGAAACAAAUACAAUAGCCCAAAGCCCUUUAAAGCCAAGAAGACCAAAGCCACGGAACAAAAACAGAAGCAGGGUUUGUCUUAGUGAAAUGGUACCACCCAAACCAACAGUCAUUAGAAGGACUGAAGAUGGGUCUACUGUUAUUGAGGAUCAUGAUGAAACUUACACUCUUAAAAAUGUUAACCUUCAAGUUGAAUGUGAUAAUCAGUGCCAGUGCCUUGAUAAGCAGCAGGCCAGCAGAAGCUUAUCACACAGCUUCAUCAGGAAUGAGAAGGCUGCCUCUAGCGUUUUUGUAAUACAGUUCAGCUUGCUGCCAGAGCACAGAUUGGUGACACCUUCAAGUAAGGUGAUUUACAAGUGUG